CCUCAUUUGUCUUUGCACAAUUGUUAUGAAACCUUUAUUCUGAUAUACAUCUCAACUUGGGUCAUUUAGUUCUUGGCAAAACACUAUUUGCAAUUUUGAGAGCUUUCCUUGAAUUGAAUCCAGAUAUCAAGUCAACAUGGCAUCGUUUCUACCAUUUGUGCUUCAGAAUCUCAACUCCUUGAUCCAAAAGGAGGUGGGCUUGCUUUGGGGUGUUGACAAGGAGAUGAAAAAGCUUUCAAGCACUCUCACCACCAUCCAGGCUGUCCUGGAAGAUGCAGAACAAAAACAAUUCCAAGACAAAGCAAUACAAAAUUGGUUGAGAAAACUCAAUGAUGCAGCCCAUGAAGUAGAAGACAUCUUGGAUGACUGCAAAACCGAAGCCCUCCAAUACGAAUCAAAAAGGCUGAGUUCUAGUUCUCUAAAGAAGGUAAUAAGCACUUCCUUAUUGACUUAUCCCGUUGAGAACAUUCUGUUCCGUCACAAGAUAGGGAAUAGGAUGAAAGAUACCUUAGAGAACUUAAAUGCAAUUGCUGAAGAGCGGAUGAAGUUUCAUUUACGUGAGGUGGUUGUGGAGAAGCGAGUUGAAUUGGCUGACAGACGUGAAACCAGCUCUGCUCUAACUCAACCACAACUGUAUGGAAGAGAAGAAGAUAAAGAAAAAAUUGUCAAAAUGUUGAUUGAGAAUAUAAGUGAUUGCCAGGAUGUUUCUGUCUACCCUAUAAUUGGCAUGGGGGGGCUAGGAAAGACCACGCUUGCCCAAAUGGUCUUCAACGAUGAGAGGGUAGAGUGCCACUUUGAGCCUAAAAUUUGGGUUUAUGUUUCUCAGGAUUUUGAUGUGAAAAGGGUGAUAAAAGCAAUAAUCGAAUCCGUAUCUAAGGGAACCUGUGAAGCCUCAAACCUAGAUUCUUUGCAGAACAAGCUUCGAGAGAUGCUAAAUGGAAAAAGAUAUUUGCUUGUAUUAGAUGAUGUGUGGGAUGAAGAUCGAGACAACUGGGAUCAGCUAAAGUAUUUUCUAGCAUGUGGAUCAAAAGGUGCUUCCAUUAUCGUUACUACUCGUGUUGCAAAGGUAGCAUCAAUCAUGGGAACUGUUCCAGCACAUCACUUGUCAUUUUUAACUGAAGAAGAUUGCUGGUUGUUGUUCAAACAACGGGCAUUUGGACACGGGAAUGAAGAGCAUCCAAACCUUGUGGCCAUUGGGAAGGAGAUAGUGAAGAAGUGUGGGGGUGUGCCUUUAGCUGCAAAGGCCCUUGGAGGGCUAAUGCGCUUCAAAAGUGAGGAAACAGAUUGGCAUUUUGUUAAAGAAAGUGAAAUUUGGAACUUACCCCAAGACAAAAAUUCCAUCUUGCCUCUCUUGAGAUUAAGUUACUAUAACCUUCCGUUGGAAUUGAGACGGUGUUUUGCUUACUGUGCCAUUUUUCUGAAAGGUUCUAAAAUUGAGAAGGAAAAACUUAUUCAUCUUUGGAUGGCUAAUGGCUUUAUUUCAUCCAACGGAAAAUCGGAGUUAGAAGAUGUUGGUAAUGGUAUAUGGAAUGAGUUAUAUUGGAGAUCUUUUUUCCAAGACGUGGACAAAGAUCCAUCUGGCAACAUUAUUUUCAAAAUUCAUGAUCUUAUGCACGAUCUUGCCCAAUCCGUUAUGGAAGAUGAAUGUCAUACGAUGGAGGCUGAAAGCUCAAAGAAUGUAUCAGCGCAAAGAAUUCAUCAUGUUACACUGGUUGCUAACUUUGUCCGCGUAGGUGGCUUUCCUAAAGCAUUAUAUAGAGUUGAAUCCUUACAUACAAUUCUUCUACAAUAUAGACAGCCAAAAACUAGCUCUCGUGGUUUUUUUCCUUUUUCUUGUGACUUCACAAAUUUUGGUUCGUUACGAGUGUUCGAUGCAUUUCACACCAAUAUGCGGCAGUUGUCAUCUUCAAUUGGUAAGUUAAAACAUUUAGGGUACUUGAACCUUUCUGAAACUCUCAUUCGUACGCUACCAAAGUCAAUUUGUAGCCUUCACAAUUUGCAGACAUUAAACCUGAAUGAGUGUUAUAAGCUUCAGAGGCUGCCCAAGAACAUGAAAUCCCUAAGAAGCCUCCGACAUCUUUUUUUGAAAGAUUGCUACAAAAUACAGGACAUGCCUCCAAAGCUUGGGCAUUUAACUCUCCUGAGGACAUUAAGCUUAUUUGUCGUGGGUAAGAGUAGAGGUCAUCAGGUAGUUGAAUUGCAAUGCUUACAUCUUGGAGGAGAACUGUGUAUCCGUCACCUUGAGAGAGUGGGAAACUCAACGGAUGCCAAAGAAGCCAAUUUGGUCGGAAAACAGAACCUCCGAGUAUUGAAGUUAUCAUGGGGACAUAACAGUGAAUCAGAAUCACAAGCAAAUGUUGAACAACUACUUGAAUCCCUGGAACCUCACCCAAAUGUUGAAGAGUUGUUCAUAGACAAUUACAGAGGUGCCCACUUCCCACUUUGGAUGAGGGAUUCAAUUCUUAAAAACAUAGUUUCUAUUGAGCUACAUAGCUGCAGAAACUGUUUAGAACUUCCAGCAUUUGGACAGUUGCCUUUCCUGCGACGGCUUCAGAUUUCCGAAAUGGAUUAUGUGGAGUACAUUGACAAUUACUUCCCUGGCGGAAGCCCAGUUAGAGGAUUUCCGGCUUUGGAAGUACUCCGUAUUUCUAAGUUGCCGAAUUUGGUAGGGUUGUCAAGGGAGGAAGGAAGAGAGCUACUCCCUUGUCUUCAGCAGAUAUACAUCCGCGAUUGCCCAAAAUUGACCUUGCCGUGUCUUUCAUCACCAAAACACUUGGAUGUCUGGAGUUCCGACGUGGUUCUAAGUUCAAUCUCAAAUCUUAAGAAUCUCACUACCCUUUCAGUUGACCUUGCCGUGUCUUUCAUCAUGUAACUGUUCUUGAAUCUCUAGAAAUUGAAAGGUUUAGCAACCUUAAAGUGCUACCUACAAACUUGGAAAGCCUUGUCUCUUUGAAGUCAUUGAGAAUCUGGUGGUGUGAUGAGAUUGAGUCUUUGCCAGAUCAUGGGCUACGAAGCCUAAAGUCUCUCCAACGUCUGAAGAUUGACUUCUGCAAUAAUUUGAGUUCUUUAUCUGAGAGUUUGGGACACCUCCCUGCCUUGGAGAAAUUGUAUGUUGAGAACUGUCCCAAGCUCGUGACUUUGCCGGACAGCAUUAAACAUCUUGUUUCUCUUCGACACCUACAUAUUCGUGGUAGUGAGUUGAAGACUUUGCCUAAAGCAUUGAAACAUGUCCCUGCACUUCAAUCUCUAUCUAUUUCUAUGUAUACAGAGCUCACAUCACUGCCUGAAUGGUUGGGAAACCUUACGUCACUUCAAUCGUUGUACAUCAGUUACUGUCCCAAGAUUCCAUCACUUCCACAUGGCUUUCAAAGGCUAACCAACCUCCAAACUUUGAGCAUUCAUGCAUGCAGUUCUGAAUUGGUAAGGCGAUGUCAAAAGGAAAAGGGGGAGGAUUGGUAUAAGAUAGCACAUAUUCCAAAAAUCCAGCUUGUAGAGAUCGGUUUCAUGAACUUGUAAAGGAAGAGAUAGAGAAGAAGGAUUCGAGUACGGAGGAGUGGAAGAUCGUGAUGGAGAGAAGCUUCAAUCGCAUGGACAAUGAGGUGAUUGCAUGGAACGACAGCGUUCUGCGCGCCGAUUGUCGGUGCGAGCUCUAAACGCCGGAGUGCAACACAGUUGGAUCAACGGCGGUUGUCGCAGUCUUGACUCCCGAUAAGAUCAUCACCGUCGAUCCACCAUUGGAGCAUUACCCCGGGUGCCAGAGAAGCUCCAACUGUCAAAUGUGUUGGCAAUCCAUUAGCCUGAAGGAUCCUUCCAGUCAGGAAUUGCUUGAAGCUGUGGAACGGGAGAGGAGCUUUAGGUUUAAUACUUCAAGAAAUUCCACAAUAUUCC